UUUCAAUCCUUGUCUCUCUUCAAACUGCCAAUACAUUCAUGAACUUUGUGAUUUUUGCUGCUUCCUGAGUCGUAACCUUAAGAGCUGUCUGUCUUCUCCCAAUACCCAAAACUGUGUUGUCCAGGUCAAUACAUUCUAUGAUCUCUGGUCCGCUUCCUCCUGGUCGGAGAUUUCUCCUUCCCUUGAUGCCAGCCCUCCCUUCGUCGUCCUCUCCUUGGACGACUGUAUGGAGGACAUUUUAAAUCUCGAUUACAAUCUUUACAGCAGUAACAAACAAACCUUUUUUUUAUCAUUGCAAUGUCUCAUGUGAUCUUGUCACCCUUUCAACUCUUGGAACUCAAUGUCAUUUCUGCACAAGAUCUCGCCAAGGUCUCACGAAAGAUGAAAACCUAUGCAGUUGCAUGGAUCCACCCAGACCGGAAACUUUCAACAAGAAUCGACUCUGAGGGACGCAACAAUCCCACUUGGAAUGACAAGUUUGUUUUCCGCGUGGAUGACAGGUUCCUCCAUGGUGACACCUCUGCUGUCAUGAUUGAAAUCUACGCCCUGCAUUGGUUCCGUGACAUUCAUGUAGGCACCGUCCGUGUCAUUGUUGGGAACCUGAUUCCCCCGCCUGAUCCCCACCAUCACAACCAAUUUCAGAUAGGCAUGCGCUUCGUUGCUCUCCAGGUCCGCCGACCGUCAGGACGCCCCAAGGGGAUUCUUAACAUUGGUGUGGCGCUUCUUGAUAGCUCAAUGCGAAGCAUGCCAUUGUAUUCACAGCUUAGCUCGGCCGUGGGUUAUCGUCAGCUUAUGGGGGAAGAGGACAUGGAUCAUCAUAAAGAUGUUUCUGAUGUUAGCAGUAGUGGCAUCCGUUCCAAUCCCCUCUUGCUUCCUUGGCCUCCGAAAUCUGAAUUAAGACGUACGAAGAGUGAUUCAAGUUCCUUGUUUGGGUCAAUGGUGAUGGAAAAGAAAAGGAUGGUGAUGAAAGGGAAGGGUGCUUCCAUGAUUAGUGGCUCAGAAUCGGAGGAUACGAUGAUGAUGAAUGGAGGGAGAACAAAAGCUAGUUCCAUGGUCAGCGGAUCAGAAUUGGAGAAGAAGAACAAGAAUUGGAGACAAGAAGCCAGUUACAUGAUAAGUGGCUCAGAGAUUGUCAAGAAAGACCAAAAUAAUAAUUUGGUUCUUAGUGAUUCAGAGCUUAAUGGGGCCUUUGCAAAAGCCUCGUUAAGCUCUGAAGCAUUAACAAACGAAAGAUCUGAUGACAAAUCAACCGAAUUGGAUAACAUUGUGAAAACUGUACCGAAAUUUCCAGGGUUGGAUCUUGGAUCUCCGUACAACAACUUCAGGCAUGCAACUCCGAAAAAGGCAAAUUUAAUAAGUAGGCCAGCUAUCACCGAUUCAGAAUUGGGCCCAUCACCAUCAGAGGUGGCGGCAGUAAUGACAAGAAAGAAAAAUCGUCGAGUCGUAGAGACAGAGAGUGAGAUAAUGGGAGUAAUGAGCUUGGAUGGAAGCAUGGAGGGUCUUCAAUCUAAACUGGAAAGAUGGAGAGCAGAGCUUCCGCCAGUUUACGAUUCCAGUGAUAUCUCAAGUUUUCCUGCUAGUAGCACUUCUAAAGAAAGCAAAAUUGUUAAACGACACAGCCGCAGGCACAGUGCUGAUGAUGAUGGCACGUUUACUUGCUUCGGUAGAUUUUGUGGUUUAGAGUGUUCAAUUGUAUGUGGUGGCCCUGCCAGGAGGAAAACAGAUGGGAAGAGGAAUCGAAGCUAUUCCAUGGAUAAUUUGAGGUAUAAUGUUUAA